GGAGACCUGCAGGGAGGGAAGGGCAGGUGGUCCUGCCCUAGGAGGAGGAGGAGGAGGAAGAGGAGGAGGAGGCGCCGGUGGGUUGCGGCCCCUGGCGUCCUGUCAAGGGAGGCCUCCAGCCACCACUGACCAUACCAUGUGGGCGCUCAGAUGCCACCCAUUCUGGCCCCGCUCUGGGCUACCGCUGCUGCUGCUGCUUGGGGUGCCCCUGCCAGGCCUGGCACUGCCACCCAUCCGCUAUUCCCACGCGGGCAUCUGCCCCAACGAUAUGAACCCCAACCUCUGGGUGGAUGCGCAGAGCACCUGCAAGCGGGAGUGUGAGGCAGACCAGGAGUGUGAGACCUUCGAGAAGUGCUGCCCCAACGUGUGUGGGACCAGGAGCUGCGUGGCGGCCCGUUACAUGGAUGUGCGGGGCAGGAAGGGGCCGGUGGGCAUGCCCAAGGAGGCCACAUGCGACCGCUUCACGUGCGUGCAGCAGGGCUCCGAGUGCGACAUCUGGGACGGGCAGCCUGUGUGCAAAUGCAAAGACCGUUGUGAGAAGGAGCCCAGCUUCACCUGCGCCUCGGACGGCCUCACCUACUACAACCGCUGCUACAUGGACGCCGAGGCCUGCUCCAAGGGUGUCACGCUGGUCGUCGUCACCUGUCGCUAUCACUUCACCUGGCCCAACACCAGCCCCUCACUGCCCGAGACCACUGCGCACCUCACCACGGCCUCCCCAGAGACCCCCGGGCUGGACCUGGUGGCCCCCGCCCUGCUCAACCACCCGGCGCAUCAGUCGGUGACCGUGGGCGAGACGGUGAGCUUCCUGUGCGACGUGGUGGGCCGGCCGAGGCCUGAGAUCACCUGGGAGAAGCAGCUGGAGGACCGGGAGAACGUGGUCAUGCGGCCCAACCACGUGCGCGGCAACGUGGUGGUCACCAACAUCGCGCAGCUGGUCAUUUACAACGCGCAGCCCCAGGACGCUGGCAUCUACACCUGCACGGCCCGCAACGCCGCCGGGGUCCUGCGCGCCGACUUCCCUCUGUCCGUGGUCAGGAGUGGCCUAGGGGUGGCCCCCUCCGAGAGCAGCCCCAACGGCACGGCCUUCCCGGUGGCCGAAUGUCUGAAGCCGCCCGACAGCGAGGACUGCGGCGAAGAGCAGACGCGCUGGCACUUCGACGCCCAGGCCAACAACUGCCUCACCUUCACCUUCGGGCACUGCCACCGCAACCGGAACCACUUCGAGACGUACGAGGCGUGCGUGCUGGCCUGCAUGCAUGGCCCGCUGGCCGUGUGCGGCCUGCCGGCCCUGCAGGGCCCCUGCAAGGCCUAUGUGCCGCGCUGGGCCUACAACAGCCAGACGGGCCAGUGCCAGUCUUUCGUGUACGGGGGCUGCGAGGGCAACGGCAACAACUUCCGGAGCCGCGAGGCCUGCGAGGAGUCCUGCCCCUUUCCCCGAGCCGACCAGCGCUGUCCUGCCUGCAAGCCGAGGCAGAAACUGGUGACCAGCUUCUGCCGCAGCGACUUCGUCAUCCUGGGCAGGGUCUCAGAGCUGACCGAGGAGCCCGACUCAGGCCGCGCCCUGGUGAUCGUGGAUGAAGUCCUCAAGGAUGAGGAGAUGGGCCUCAGGUUCCUGGGCCAUGAGCCACUGGAGGUCACUCUGCUGCACGUGGACUGGGCCUGCCCGUGCCCCAACGUGACGGCGGGUGACACGCCACUCAUCAUCAUGGGCGAGGUGGAGGGCGGCAUGGCUAUGCUGCGGCCCGACAGCUUCGUGGGCCCCUCCAGCGCCCGGCGGGCCAGGAAACUUCGCGAGGUCUUGCACAAGAAGACCUGCGACGUGCUCAAGGAGUUCCCAGGCCUGCACUGAGCGGCUACGGGCCUCGCCUUCCCCUCCCCCACCCCACGGCCCCCGAGACCGCAAAUCGGCAAGAACAGUUGAGACAGUAGGGAGAUGCUGGCCCUCGGGGCAGGGCAGAGCCACCAGGGGCCUGAGGGCCACCCCUAGCCUUUGGGGUCAAUACGGGGUCUGUGUGUCUUUGUUAGCUGAGGGGGACAAAGGAGAAGUCACUGGACGCUUGAGGGUGAUUCCUCCAGCCUGGGUCGAGAGGCUGCAGACAGUCCAAGGGCUUGGGUUGCAGAGGGACUCAGCUUGCGGGAGGGACAUGGUCCCACAGCCUGCAGCCCCCUGGAGGUCCGCCGUGAGCAGGGGCGCUGCACCAUCCCACCCGCACACCUGCUCUGGGCAGAGGCCGCGCGUGCCUGGGAAUGAACAUCCCUGGGAGCAGGUGGGAGGGGGCCUGGGAGAGCUGUCACAGCGCGGCUCCCAGCACCCUGACCCCUGGGGCCUCCUGACUUGCAGAAAGGCCCAGGAUCCGAAUCGGAACCAGUACCGGAGGAAAGAAGGGAGGAAAGGCAGGCCGGGAGGAGGUAAUGGAGGCAAAAUCGGCAGGCGGUGGGCGGGAGGAGAAGGAGGAGGCGGAGGCUACUCGCUGCUUCCAUCUGGCGGCCGCCGGGCGCAGCGACCCGGUAGAAGGCAUCGGUGGGCCGACGGGGCAGGGCCGGCGAGCAGCCUCUGGUGGCUUUCUUUGUGUUUCCAGCCCAUGACCCCGCAGAAGCCUUGGGAACCCCCGCUGUCAACUCUGUAUCUGGCCCCCCAGCUCCCCCUCAGCCCUUGGCCCCGCCCAGCACCCCUGAGAG